GCUGGGGCGGGGAGGUGGGACCGGCGAGAGGGGCGGCCGUGGGGCCCGGCCGGGCUGGGGCGGGGGGCCGCAGCCAUGAUCCGGGCCUUCUCGUUCCCGGUGAGCCCGGAGCGGGGUCGGCUGCGGGGAUGGUUGGAAGGCAGCCUGGCCGGGCUCUGCGAGUUGCACUGGCUCCGAGAGAGGCAGGAGUACCGCGUGCAGCAGGCGCUGCGGCUGGCCCAGCCCGGGAUGGGGGGCGCCGAGGCCGAGGACGAGGAGGACGCCGAGGAGGACGAGGAUGCGGCAGCGGCGCGCAGGGCCGCGGCGGCCCUGGAGGAGCAGCUGGAAGCCCUGCCUGGGCUCAUCUGGGACCUGGGCCAGCAGCUGGGAGACCUGAGUCUGGAGUCUGGGGGCCUGGACCAGGAGAGUGGGCGCAGCUCAGGCUUCUAUGAAGACCCCAGUUCUACAGGAGGCCCCGAUUCACCACCCUCUACCUUCUGUGGGGACAGUGGCUUCUCCGGAUCUGGCUCCUAUGGACGCCUGGGUCCCUCGGACCCCCGGGGCAUCUAUGCCAGUGAGAGACCCAAGUCCCUAGGUGACGCCAGUCCCAGCGCUCCGGAGUCGGUGGGCCCCCGGGCUGCGGUGCCUCGCUCCUUCUCAGCUCCCUACCCGACAGCAGCGGGCGCCGAGGCCUGCUCCUCCGCGGAGAGGCGUGCACGAGCGGGGCCCUUCCUGACGCCCAGCCCGCUGCACGCCGUGGCACUGCGCAGCCCACGGCCGAGCGGACGCGCGCCCUGCGGCUCCCCCGACGGGGCGGCCGGCCGGCCCCUGGACGGCUACAUCUCGGCGCUCCUGCGCAGGCGCCGCCGCCGGGGGGCGGGCCAACCGCGUACGAGUCCCGGAGGCGCGGACGGGGGCGCGCGGCGCCAGAACGGCGCGCGCCCGCGGCCGCCCGAGGCGUCCCCGCCCCCCGGGGGCGCGCGACCCGCGCGGGAGCCGUCGACGGAGCGCGCCUGUGUCACGGCGUGGGAGGCGGAGGUUGCACCCGAACCCGCGCCUCCAGCCGCCGCGUCGCCGCCCUCCAGCCCGGCUGAGGGCCGCCUCGUGAAGGCGCAGUACAUCCCGGGCGCGCCUGCGGCCUCCAGGGGCCUGCCGGGCCGCGCGGCGCGCCGCCGGGCCCCGCCGCUCACGCGAGGUCGCAGCGUGGAGCAGUCCCCGCCGAGGGAGAGGCCACGUGCUGCGGGCCGCCGGGGCCGCCUGGCCGAGCCGUCGGGGCGCCGGGGAUCACCGAGGGCGCGGAAAGCGGCGCGCUCGCAGUCCGAGACCAGUCUGCUGGGCCGCGCGCAUGCCGCCCCGCCGCCCAAGUACCCCACGGCCGAGCGCGACGACCCCCGGCCGCCCCGCCCCCGGCGCGGCCCCGCGCCCGCACCCACCGUCCAGGCCUGCCGUCGGUGGCGCUCCACCGCGGAGAUCGACGCGCCCGACAGCCGGCGCGCCCGCGCCCGCGCGCCCGCGCCGCGCGGCCCCGCGCCCUCCCCGUCCGCGCCCUCGCGCCGGCUACUGUAUGGCUGCGCGGGCAGCGACUCCGAGUGCUCGGCGGUAGGGCGGCCCGUGCCGCUAGGCCGUCGGAUGCCGUCGGCGUGCGGCCCCGGAGGUUACGGCGAGAGCGAGUCGAGCGCCAGCGAGGGCGAGUCACCCGCCUUCAGCUCGGCCUCCAGCGACUCCGACGGCAGCGGAGGCCUCGUGUGGCCUCAGCAGCUGGUGGCGGCCGCCGGAGCCUCGCCGUCGGGGCCCGGGGGUGCGGCGGGUGUUGCGACCCCCGCGGGCCCCGCCAAGGUCUUCGUGAAGAUCAAGGCAUCGCACGCGCUGAAGAAGAAGAUCCUGCGUUUCAGAUCCGGUUCUCUGAAGGUCAUGACGACUGUGUGAGUUGGGGGGCGAUGCGCUUGGGAUCCACGCCCAUGGCCUCUGCACCCCCACACUUCUCAUCCUCGACCCCC